AUGUGCCUUUCUGAGGGCCAAAAGUAUGGUGGUAUAACCAAUGCGAUGCUGCGCGUUGGCCAAGAUCUGGGAAUCUUCGGCCUUCUUUCCAAAAUUGAAGCUCCUAUGUCCGUGGUACAAGUCGCGAAAAAGACAAGCGCAACUCCUGAGCUGUUGGAGAGAGUUCUACGCCACCUAGCUGCAACCAACAUCAUCAAAGAAACAGGACCAAAUGAGUAUACCGCAAGUGAAGUGACCAAAAUGCUGGGAGUCCUUCCGGUGAAGCUCGCGUCCACCAGGCGAACCGAGUGGACAGAAGGUUUCACCCUUCUAAACAGUGAAGCCCAAAAGAUCCCCUCAACGCCACCAACCCCCGAAGAAAAGCCCUUCCUCGUUGACGUCGGCGGCAGCCACGGCCACCAAUGCAUCGAACUAGCAAGGAAAUACCCCAACCUCCUCGGCCGUCUCAUCAUGCAAGACCUCCCCAUGACAGUCGACAAGCUCCCUCCGAUAGAAGGCGUCAAAGUCGAAGCUUACGACUUCUUCCAAAAACAGCCCAUCGAAGGCGCCAAAUUUUACUACCUCCGCCGAAUCAUACUCGACUGGCCGGAUGAUAAGGCAGCACAGAUCCUGCGAAACACAGCUGCAGCUAUGGGAGCCGACUCGCGCAUUCUGAUUGAUGAUGUCGUUAUGCCUGAAACUGGCGCUAACUGGCAGGCUACUAUGGCGGACCUUUCUAUGAUGAUUUUGGCUGGGAGGGAGCGGACACAGCGUCAGUAUGAGAAGUCUGCGAAGUGUGCAGGGCUGCGCGUUGAGGGUGUUCAUUCUUAUGCUGCUUCGACUUAUACUGCCAUUGUUGUUUUGGUUCGGGAGUGA